AUGAUCGCUUUGGCACUGUUUGGAGACCAACCUAAAAACUCAAAAGUUAUAGAAAAGUUGGGAAUUUCUGUAACACUGAAGAAAUCAGAGAUCAAUGAAGAAAGAGUUACAGUGGCGAUUUGGGAGGUGCUGGAAAACAAGAGAUAUAGUUCAACAGUGAAAAGGCUUUCUGAAAUGGCUCGGAAACAGCCAGUCUCACCUAAGGAAGUGUUGAUGAAAUGGACGGAAUGCUUAGCAGAUUUCAAAACGCUUGACAACUUGCGCCAGCUGGAAUAA